UACAACUCUAGUCAUAUGACUGGAUUGAAAUUCAGAGUGUUUGGUUAGCAGGUAGCGAGUAUUUAAAUAACAACAAUGACAAAAGGGUUGCCUAAAAUUGGAGAUGUGGAGAAAGAGUCUGAGUAUGGAUAUGUAUAUUCCGUUUCUGGACCCGUGGUCACAGCUGAAAAGAUGUCCGGUGCUGCUAUGUACGAGUUGGUUAGAGUGGGUCAUUAUGAAUUGGUGGGUGAAAUCAUUCGUUUAGAAGGAGAAAUGGCUACUAUUCAAGUAUAUGAAGAAACAUCUGGUGUAACUGUUGGUGAUCCAGUUCUUCGAACUGGAAAACCCCUUUCAGUAGAGUUAGGACCUGGUAUUAUGGGUAGCAUUUUUGAUGGUAUCCAGCGUCCUCUGAAAGACAUCAAUGAAAUAUCUGAAAGCAUAUACAUACCAAGAGGCGUGAAUAUCCCAGCCUUGAGUCGAGAGGCAACUUGGGAAUUCAAUCCUAUAGGCUAUAAAGUUGGUAGCCAUAUUACGGGUGGAGACAUAUAUGGAAUGGUUCGUGAAAAUAGUUUGAUAAAGCAUAAAAUUAUGCUUCCACCUCGAGCUUUAGGUCGUGUUCUGUACAUUGCUGAGCCAGGAAAUUAUACAGUUGAUGAUGUGAUCUUAGAAACUGAAUUUGAUGGUCAAAAGUCUCAGUACACUAUGCUUCAAGUUUGGCCUGUGCGUCAACUUCGUCCAGUGACAGAAAAACUUGCUGCUAACCAUCCUCUUCUUACUGGCCAAAGAGUACUUGAUGCAUUGUUUCCAUGCGUCCAGGGAGGUACUACUGCUAUCCCUGGUGCUUUUGGUUGUGGCAAAACUGUGAUCUCACAAUCCUUAUCUAAGUUCUCUAACAGUGAUGUUAUUAUUUAUGUUGGUUGUGGAGAAAGAGGCAAUGAAAUGUCUGAAGUACUUCGAGAUUUUCCUGAGCUAACUGUGGAAAUUGAUGGAAAUGUUGAAUCUAUUAUGAGACGUACUGCACUUGUUGCUAAUACAUCUAACAUGCCUGUGGCUGCCAGGGAAGCUUCUAUUUAUACAGGUAUAACCUUAUCUGAAUACUUUCGUGAUAUGGGUUACAACGUUGCUAUGAUGGCUGAUUCUACGUCUCGAUGGGCUGAGGCUCUUAGAGAAAUUUCUGGACGUUUGGCUGAAAUGCCUGCAGAUUCUGGUUAUCCAGCUUAUCUUGGAGCACGUUUAGCUUCUUUCUAUGAAAGAGCUGGAAGAGUUAAAUGCCUUGGAAACCCAGAAAGAGAAGGAAGUGUAACAAUUGUUGGAGCUGUCUCUCCACCUGGUGGUGAUUUCUCAGAUCCUGUAACUUCAGCAACUCUAAGUAUUGUCCAAGUAUUUUGGGGCUUGGACAAAAAAUUAGCCCAGAGGAAACAUUUUCCUUCAAUCAACUGGUUGAUCUCUUACAGCAAAUACACAAGAGCAUUAGAUGAGUUCUAUGAUAAAAAUUUCACUGACUUUGUGCCUCUUCGUACUAGAUGCCAACAAAUUUUACAAGAGGAGGAAGACUUAUCCGAGAUUGUGCAACUUGUAGGAAAGGCAUCAUUAGCUGAAACUGACAAAAUUACUUUGGAAGUUGCAAGACUACUUAAAGAUGAUUUUCUGCAACAAAAUGGUUAUACAGCAUAUGAUAAAUUCUGUCCAUUUUAUAAAACAGUAGGAAUGAUGCGAAACAUGAUGUCAUUUUAUGAUCUUGCAAUGAAUGCUGUACAGUCUACUGCACAAAGUGAGAACCGGAUAACAUGGUCUUUGAUCAGGGAAGCAAUGGAAAGCAUACUUUAUCAACUGAGUAGUAUGAAGUUUAUGGAUCCUGUAAAAUUAGGUGAAGAUGCCAUCAAAAAAUCCUUUGAGGAGCUUAACGAAAACAUGCAGCAAGCGUUUCGUAAUCUAGAAGAUUGAGACUCAUUACAUUUAUCUCAUCAGUGUUUAGUUAGCAACAUGCUAGUCAAGAUUUAUUGAAGUGCAUUCCAGUGUAAUAUGGAUGUGUGGCAGUUUUUCUGCAUAUGGGGACUUUUUUGUUAUACGGACCACUGCCUUUUUAAAUGUUAUUUCAACAUUUAAAUAAUACAAAAGCUCUUCAACAAUGUAUGUGAAUUGAAGUAUUUAUUUAUGAAUGCAGAUUUUUUGCCAAUAGAAAACUAUUUUGAAUGUUAAAUGUAGAUUUAUGGAAUUGUGAAUAAUUGUUGGUAAUAUAUUUUUUAUGAAGAGCUCAGUUUUCAGAUUUUUUCCCUCCUUCUAAUUGCUCUUAUGUUCUUUGAAUUGAAAAAAAAAAUGUUACUUAACCCACAAUUGCAAGUUUAAAAAGUGCCCAAGUUUGUGGGAAAAUGCAACAUAUUUCAAAAGCAAUGUUUUUAGAUUUAAAUUAGUAAAAAUAUAAAUACUCGUUUGAUGUGAUAUUUUUAUUUUUGUAUUACUAUUCUUCAUUUAUCUGGUAAAUUACAUCUAAUUCUAGAUCUGUAUAUUUGCUCUAGUAUCAUAAACUAAUUGAUUCACUAAGCUAUUAAAUGUAAAUUUAAUUUGACGGAGUUUAAAGACAUCCUUUUAUAUAAAUGUUUUCCAUUUAUACAUGUUUUUUCAUAUUUUGGAAAAAUGUUAUGAUUAUCUUUUUUUCUUUUUGUAACAUUUUACAGUCAUUGUUUUCUUACUCAUUCCCACAAUUUUUCUGCCUCAAAACUUCUGUUGAUUUCGCUAUUUGUUGUGCACAAUCAUGUUUUUUCAUGCUAACUUUGGAAUGCUUUAUUUUAAAAUUUUAAAGAAUUAGUGUUAAGUUUUGUAAAUAUUAAUGGUCCAAAAUUUUUAAAAAUAUGUAUUGUGUUAAUUGUGCUCCAUAUGGAUGUAACAGACAUUAAAAGAGCAGUAGAGGUUUUGAAUCCAAGUCCGUUUUUAGAAAUGACAGUAUGCUCAUUCUGAAUAUAUAUAUAUAUAUAUAUAUAUAUAUAUAUAUAUAUAUAUAUAUAUAUAUAUAUAUCAAAAUAAUGUGCCACAUUUCUAAGUUAGCUAAAUGCUCUCUUGAUAUGUUUUAACAUUUUACUUUUAAAACAUUUAGUUAAAAAGAUGUAGGAUUAUGCAUUCAUUAUUUUUAAUUUAAAAGAGAAUGUUUAGAUAGUUUUUAUUACAAUUAAUAUCUCUUGUUCAAAUUGAAGUAAGGUAGCUAGUUUAUACAGAUCAUAAAAUAUUGUUGAAACAUUCAUUUUCUUUUAGUUUUUGCUUUGAGUGUACUGAACAAAUAAAUUUUUUAUUGAUUCCU